AUGGGAUCAAUGGCUCAGAAAUCGGUUUUGAUGUUAUGCGGUGACUUCAUGGAAGCUUACGAGACCAUAAUACCUCUCUACGUCCUCCGAGCGUUUGGAGUUAGCGUCCACUGCGUUUCUCCUGGUCGCAAAACUGGUGACAAGUGUGUCAUGGCCGCUCAUGAUUUCCUCGGCCUCGAGAUAUACAGCGAGUUAGUGGUCGAUCAUGUGACACUAAACUCCAACUUUGAUGACGUCAUCCCGGAGAAUUACGACGCUAUCUAUAUCCCCGGUGGACGUUUCACGGAGCUUUUGAGCACCGACGGUAAAUGCGUUAGUCUGGUGGCUCGUUUCGCCGAGCUUAAGAAGCUUGUCCUCACAAGCUGCCACAGCCAGCUGAUGCUCGCGGCGGCGGGUCUACUCAGCGGUGGAAUGAAAUGCACGGCGUUCGAAAGCAUGAAGCCGUUGAUCGAGCUCUCCGGCGGCGCGUGGUGGCAACAGGACGGAAUCCAGUCCCUUCUCGACAUCACCGAUUGCAUCAAGGACGAGAACUUCAUCUCCACGUUGGGGUGGCCAACGCUUGGCAACACUCUCAGAGUUUUGUUAGAAUCACUUGGCUCCAAGAUCUCUAGCUCCAAAGCCACUCAAACUUCUUUGCUUUUCUUGAUUGGGGACUGUGUUGAUGACUACCAUAUCAACGUACCAUCUAAAGCCUUUCAAGCUCUGGGAUGUAAAGUGGACGCAGUGUCACCAAACAAGAAGAAAGGUGACAAAUGCGCUACUAUCGUUCACGACCUCGAGGACGGCCGGCAACUUCCUACCGAGAAGUCCGGCCACAACUGCUACGUGACCGUUGCGUGGGAUGAUGUCUCUGUGGAUGAUUACGACUGCAUUGUGGUUCCCGGAGGAAGAUCGCCGGAGUUCUUGGUGAUGAACGAUAAAGCCGUCGGAUUAGUAAAGAAGUUUGUUGAGAAAGGCAAGUUGGUUGCUGCCAUUGGAAUGGGAAAUUGGCUACUGGCUGCUACCGGUGCUCUUAAGAAGAAGAAAUGUGCAAGUGGCUAUGGGACAAAGGUGGCUGUGAAGAUUGGUGGUGGUCAAAUCGUGGAAUCAGAGCAGUGUGUGACGGACGACAAGCUGGUCACAGCCGCAACAACUUCCGAUCUGCCUGCCUUUUUGUAUGCAUUGUCGACUGCACUUGGUCUCUCUGUUGUAUUCUAA